UUGAAAAAAUAAUAAAGCGAAGCAGAAUUUGCUUUAUAUGGAAACACGGGGGUUUUGUGAAGUGGUUUAUGAUCAUUUAAUGAGCAGAGAUGCUGCAUAUUGCAAUAAGAACCAUACAGUGCAGCAACGCCUUGAGCUAUAAGGAAGCUUUGAAACUGGUUCCUUUCAGAAGAAACACAGGUCCUGCAGGGAAACACUGCAGCUUCCCUCCAGCUUUUGCAGUUUGGGACUUCUCGGUGUGUCAAUCUGUACUUUGGAAUAUUUCACAUAACCAGUGACCCAAAGAAACCAUGACGAUGGGGUUAAUUAGCAUAUAUAAAUGUUAUAAAAAUUUAACUGGAAAAAAUUAGGAUCUUUUUCUCAUCGUUUUGUAAACAAAAUGACAUGACCCCUUUUAUAAAAACCGUUUCUAUAUACUGUUAAAACAAGUAAAGCUGAAGUUGUGUUGGUGGCAGGCAGGGCUCGUCCUGCCUGUCAUGAGUGGAAGCGCCUCUGGCUCCGUAGUAAAGAGAAGCGCCUCCCGCGUUAUUUCCCCUCCUCUCCAUCGCUUCACGCCGAACCAGAACCAUUCAUCUCUCCCCUCCUUCAGGCUUCACAUCCGGGUCAUCUGCUAGGAUCUGUCUCUUGUGUGUGUGCGCGUCUGACAGAGUAAUAAUUAUUGCAUUCGCCGCUGCGCUGUGCCGCAGCUCUCCGCCCGUCUGCGCGGCUCGCAGAGCGGACACUGCGCUACGCGUCCUCCGCUGAUGAUGGAGCCGUGAAGCUGCAGUCUGCCGCACAAAGGCUGGGAUGAGACGGUAGGAGGCGUCUUGCACGGGCUAGCCCGAGGUUAGUUAACGAUGUCGAAGAGCCUCAAGAAGAAAAACCACUGGACCAACAAAGUCCACGAAGCGGUGAUCACCCGGGGGAAAGACGGGGAGCUGGGGUUCGAGCUGAAAGGAGGCGCGGAAAACGGCCAGUUCCCCUACUUCGGGGAGGUAAAGCAGGGGAAGGGACUGAUCCAGAGCGGAAAACUGGCCCAGGAUGAGCUGCUGCUGGAGGUCAACGACAUGCCAGUGGCUGGGCUCACCACCCGGGACGUGCUGGCCGUGAUCAAGCACUGCAAAGACCCGGUCCGGUUCAAAUGCGUCAAGCAAGGGGGGGUGGUUGACAAAGAUUUGCGGCACUACCUUAACCUGCGCUUCUCCAAGGGCUCAGUGGACCACGACCACCAGCAGAUCAUCAGAGACAACCUCUACCUCCGCACCGUUCCUUGUACCACCAGGCAGCCCAAGGAGGGGGAGGUGCCGGGGGUGGACUACAGUUUUGUGAGCGUGGAGCGGUUUAUGGAACUGGAGCAAAGUGGAGCCCUGCUAGAGAGUGGAACCUAUGAAGAUAACUUUUACGGUACCCCAAAACCUCCAGCCGAGCCGUCCCCGGCAGCCCCUCCUCUGAAUGUGAGUGAGGCUCUGCUUCCCGGAGCCCGGCCCAGCGCCCAGGGCAAGAGAAAGAGGAACCAAUCGGUUAGCAACAUGGAGCAGCGAGCCAGCCUGGAGCCCCCUGAGGAGGAGGAAGAGGAGAGCCCUGUUGUCAAUGGUAACGGGGUGGCUAUCACACCAGAGUCCAGUGAACAAGAGGACAAGAGCACAGAUGCCUCUGGGGAGGUUGCUGCGGAAGGGUCCAACCAGACCCCUGCAUCUGCUGAGCCUCCCACUGAAGGGGAGGAGGCCCCGAAAUCUCCCUCCAAAUCCCCCACCAAAGUCCCCGAUGCGGACGAAGAGGAGCUGGGUCCUCUGCCUGACAACUGGGAGAUGGCGUACACAGAGAAGGGAGAAGUUUACUUUAUAGAUCACAACACCAAAACUACGUCAUGGCUUGAUCCACGCUUGGCGAAGAAGGCAAAGCCACCAGAGGAAUGCAGGGAAGACGAGCUCCCUUAUGGAUGGGAGAAGAUAGAUGAUCCUAUCUAUGGCAGCUACUAUGUGGAUCACAUUAAUCGAAGAACUCAGUUCGAGAAUCCCGUCCUGGAAGCCAAGAGACGAUUGGAACAACAGAGACAGAUGCAGAGCCAGGGCCUUUCUGCUUUACCUUUACCCACAAUAUAUAGAGAGAAACCGUUAUUUACGAGAGACCCAACCCAGCUGAAGGGCACCUUCCUGUCGACAGCCCUGCAGAAGAGCAACAUGGGAUUUGGAUUUACAAUUAUUGGGGGCGAUGAGCCCGAUGAGUUCCUGCAAGUGAAAAGUGUAAUACCAGAUGGACCUGCUGCUCAGGAUGGGAAAAUGGACACGGGGGACGUUAUUGUCUACAUUAACGACAUCUGUGUGCUUGGCACCACGCACGCCGAUGUGGUGAAGCUUUUCCAGUCUGUUCCGAUCGGACAGAGCGUGACUCUGGUGCUCUGCAGGGGAUACCCUCUGCCUUUUGACCCCGAGGACCCAAGUGGCGCAGCAAGCUCCUCUUUGACACCCAUCGGCCUAGAACACCGCCCCAUGGUGGUUAACGGUCGCUACGACCCGUACCUGGAGUACCUGUCCCUGAGUUCCCAGCUUCCUGCUCAAGCUCUGGCCGGGGUCUCGCACCCUGGGGACACACAUCUGGAUGGAUCGUCCCUUCCACCCACCACACCUGGCUCUGCUCCGGCACUCACGCCUCACAACGAUAACGUCUCAAUAGCCUCCUCCGGGACUGUAGGUGUUGCCGGGGCAACAGCGCAAGGGGCAGAGCUGCUAACUGUUACCAUGGUGAAAGGCGCUGAAGGAUUCGGGUUCACGAUUGCCGACAGUCCCACUGGUCAGCGAGUUAAACAGGUGCUGGAGCCUGGCUCGCAAGCAGCAUCCGGGUUGAUUGAGGGAGACCUGAUCCUGGAGGUGAACCAGCAGCCAGUGGCGGCAGCUGGACAUGGACGCGUGGUGGAGCUCCUCAAAGAGUGUCCUGUGGGAGCAGAGGCAACUCUCCUCAUACAAAGAGUGGGAACAGGUCACAUAUCUCCGUGGAAAGCCUCCAAACAGUUGCCUGAUCAUUGGGACCCACACGGCAGUCCGCAGGCAAAUCUAUCUGGACCCGUCUUACCGCCUGGCACGCCCUUUCCAAACCAGCCACAACACCGUACGUCUGUGCCUGACUCCACUGAAGGCUUUGACCUCAACAAACCCGACCCUUAUGAUCUUUACGAGAAGUCCAGAGCUAUCUACGAGAGCAGGCGUCCAGAGUACGAGGAGGUGGAGGUACAUCUGCUGAGGGAGAAGACGGGGUUCGGCUUUCGCAUCCUGGGGGGAGACGAGGCGGUGCAGGCUGUGAGUCCGGACGCCCGUGACAAGAUUGUUAUUGGCGCUAUAAUAGAGAACACCCCCGCUGAGCGCGAUGGGAGGCUUCAACCAGGGGACGAACUCAUUUCCGUGGAUAAAAAUGUGGUUGCUGGGAAACCACACAAAUAUGUAAUUGACUUGAUGCACGCCGCCGCUCGCAACGGUCAAGUCAGCUUGACUGUUAGAAGGAGAGUGCAGAUGCCUGCCGCCUCCCCCCAUGGCAUCUUUUCUGCAGGGGAACCUUGUCCGGUAAAUGGCCGCAGCCCCGGCUCUGUUUCAACGCAGCACAGCUCUCCCCGGAGCGAUGCGGCCUCGGCCGCCGGACCCAACGCAGCCUCUGUCCCUGUCACCGCCGUGGCCCCGGAAGGGUCCGCUCUGCAAACCAGCGAUGUGGUUAUCCACCGCAAGGAGAAUGAAGGCUUUGGCUUCGUCAUCAUCAGCUCUCUGAACAGGCCGGAGAACCCAACCGUCAUCACUGUGCCCCAUAAAAUCGGCCGCAUCAUUGAGGGAAGCCCCGCGGACAGAUGUGGGAGGCUGAAGGUGGGUAACCGGAUCCUGGCCGUAAAUGGACAGUCCAUCAUCAACAUGCCCCACGCAGACAUCGUCAAGCUCAUUAAAGAUGCUGGACUAACCGUCACACUGCACAUCAUUCCAGAGGAGGGUUCCCAUUCUGGACCCAGCUCAGAGAAACAGAGUCCCAUGAUCCAGAAACACAGCCCACAGACUCAGCCCAGUCUUGUAGCCCAGCCAGGCCAAGGAGGUACCCAUCCAGGCCAAGUGGUUCUUCAGCCAAGCCAAACAGCCGCUCAGCCAGGUCAAGUGCUGUCCCAGCCUGGCCAGACACCAGCUCAGACAAAUCAAAUAGUGAGUGGUCCUCCACCAGCAGCCGCCCAGCCAGCACCAGCUGGGACCCAGCAGAGCCCGGUCAGCCAGCCUUCUGGACUUCCCCCACAGCUCUACCUUCACGACGGCAGGUCAGAGGUCAAAGCCAGACAAGAUGUCAAACCGGACUUCCACCAUCCUCCAUUUACUGACUAUCGGCAGCCUCCUGUGGACUACCGUCACCCACCUGUGACUGAUUAUCGGCAGCCGCCCACGCUGGACUAUCGACACCCACCUGGUCUGCUGGACUUCAGGCAGCACCCUGCAGCUGCACAGUUCCCACUGGGGAUCCCUUCUGACUUCAGACUACAGGACUAUGAUUACUUCACUGUGGAGCUGGAGAAAAGCACCAAAGGGUUCGGCUUCAGUAUCCGAGGAGGCCGAGAGUACAGCAUGGAUCUAUUCGUGCUGCGCCUUGCAGAGGAUGGUCCUGCCAUAAGAAAUGGAAGAAUGAGGGUAGGGGAUCAGAUCAUAGAGAUCAACGGCGACAGCACUCGAGACAUGACUCAUGCCCGGGCCAUCGAGCUCAUCAAGGCGGGGGGCAGGCGGGUCAGGCUGCUGCUGAAGAGGGGAACCGGACAGGUGCCAGAAUACGACUGUGCCAGCCCCUGGGAUUCCCUUUCUUCAGUCCACUUUGCCCUGCAGGAAGUGAUCCUGGACCCCCUCCUGAAUCCAUCGCUGUCAUCCAGUUCAGUCUCAGCCCCAGAUUCCUCUCUAAAGCUCCCUCUAGAGGCCACAGUGUGCAUGGCAGACAAAGCUCCACUGCUGACAGACCGCAGCUCCAGAGGGGCUACAGGUGGCAGGUCCACCGAGCAGAAAUCCACAAUCCGGAUGCAAGGUACCCUUCAGGGGUCUGGAGAGACGGACUGUGGAUGUAGUGACAAACAUGGAGCUUUACCUUCUAAGAAUGUUGGAAGAUCAUUGGAGAGAAGAGAAAGGCAGAGGGAGACUUGCUCCCCCUGCUGUGAAAUAAAGAGCCUACAAACACAGACAUCAAGCACCGCUUGGCCCUGGAAUCACUCUCCGAGUGUGAAUUUGAACGGAGGAUCUCUUAGCAGUGGAGAUAAACACGUCAACCUCCAGGAGAGGCUCCAGUCCAGAGGACUGAUCUCCAGGGAAGACGAGAAGGCUGGAGGCCACAGUGUGAUCUGCUGCCCUUCUAAAACGAUGGGAGAUCCAGCAGCGGCGAGCGCAACUGCCUCCUCAGAGCUCUGGAACAUGCCCGGGUGUGACAAACUGCCUGGAACCCUGAGGUCCUGGACCUCCACAGUGAGCAGGUAGAGCGGAUCCAUCUGGUUGGGCUGGACCAUUCCACAAGGUCACACCCUCAGUUCCCCAUCCGAAACAAAACUAGUAUGGCCUCUCUGUCCCGUUUCCUCCUCCAUCUGCUCAUAGAGUUUUCUUUUAUAUUUCAUUUGUUUGUACAAAAAAGAUUAUUACACCCACCACCUUAAAGAAAAACCUUCACAGUCUAAAUCCGACAGAGACCCUCACACAUGAGGAUGGAGCAACAGCAUCUUGUCCUGAGAGUAGCUGCUCAGCUGCAUCUGACUUGACUUGGUUAGAGCAAUGAGGCCUGACAUGCAAGAAAAAAAGGGAGAUUUUACUUUUACUCCAUUUUUGAGCAGAGUGAAGAAGAUUAAGACUAUUAAAACAGAGGCAGUGGAACUGAAACGGACUAUAUGUUCCCCGCCUACCACUGCGAUAUAUUGUAAAUGUAAAGAUGUGAAAAAUAACUUCAUUUGGUAUUCUCAAAAACAGACCAAUUGAUGUUUUUGAGCAAGUGUUGUAGUUAGAAACAUACAAAAAUAUGAGAGAAACAUCACAGGCCAGUAUUUUAGAAUAAGUCUGAACGGCCUCGUCUAUAUCUACAUAUCAAAGACUGCCCAGGUCACCAAACCCAGACUGCUGAAGGAAGCGGGGUUUGUGUGCACGGAUGUAAAAAAAAAACAAAAAAAAAAACAACUCAGACAAUGACUUGCUAGUCUUUUAGAGAAUACAGCAUCAUCUGUGGAGCAGCUGGUUGCCAUGUGAGACGAGUGGUUUUUGGUUCCCCAUCAUUUCUGAAUGACUGAAAACAGUUAGCUUAGUAAGAACUCCUGAUUUAUGUGUGCAACCUGAUCGCAACCAUGCAGAGUUCAAAUCUGUCACCCAUCAAACAGAAAAACUUUGUCCGGUCUCCCAUUUCUAUGCCUUUUACUGUGCUAAGUGUACCACAUCACUGUGGGAGCGGGGACGAGGAGGCCGAUGGUCGCGAGGAGGGGCAGAGUGCCUUACUCAAACUAAAGCAGGAGGUGCUGUUGUGGUUUGUUUUGGGACCACGGUGAUCAUGCACACAUCAGCGAAAUGCUGAGUCGCAGGGCCUGUUUUUUUCCCUCAGAUGUGACACCAAGCAGUAUUUAUGCUGAUGCACUCUCAGCUGUGAAAGCUCAUCGGUGUCUGUGAUUGACCAUGUCCCAGAAAGAGAAGAAAAAAAUGUAGCCUGGAGCAUCCCAGCCUCUUAAAUCAUGCAGAGCUUUUCAUGCCUACAAGGAUAUGAUGGGCCAGUUUCUGCUCUUCAGUUUUGCCUGUUUGACAGGUUACGUUCCUGGUAAGUAGGAGCAGUGUUGCAAUUUAGAGCUAAAUUUGAGAUGAUCCAGGAAAUCAAUUCCAUUUUUGUUUCAUCGCAAAAUCUUUGUCACGCAAAGACUGAGUUAUUUUAUUUAUUAAUCUUAUUUUAUCAUUAUUUCCUUUCAAAAAUAUAGCUUUUGUGAACUGAAAGGACCAGCAUGACCACACACCCACAUUUGUAUUUGUAAGCGACUGGUAAUGCUGGGUUUUUUUCCAGCGGUGCACCUGAGUCCUAGCAAGUCCACCGAGAAUCGAUCUCCAGCUGCAGCCAAACAUGUUUUUGAUGUUUUUUCGAGUCGACCAAACUGUGGAUCGUGUGAAAAAGUUGUCAAAAUGUUAGCGAGGAGCAUGACGAUACGUCACUAGGCUGUAGAAAUGUGUUCACCGUAAGUACAUAUGUCAGAGUUUAGAAAAAGGACGAGAUCAUCAAACCCUCUGUCUCCAUCCGGGCUACCCCCCUCCCUGCCUGCUGUGACCGGUUUUAAACAGAGUGAAAAAGCUGCUUAUGGAAACAUUUGAAGGAUGGCACGAUCAGACCCUCCCCCAUUGAAAACAAGUAUAACUGUGUAGUGUUAAUUGUGUACUAUUCACCUUGUACAGCUGUAUUCCUACAAAUAUGGUUUACUGUAUCAUUGAUACUGUAGUUUCAAAGACGUGAACAACUAUUUUUAUGAAAUGCGACAGUACUGAUAUUACAUUUUGCUAAAAAAAAUACAAAAAAAACUUGUUUACUGAAAGAUAUUCUGAAAUAUUGUCAAAUAAACUCUUGACAUAGUGUAAAA